AUGGAAGCUAAUAACAACACCAGGGUUUCUGAGUUCAUCUUGGCGGGGCUCUUUGAUUAUCCCCACCUCCAUGGUCUAUUCCUUGGAGUCAUUCUGUGCCUCUUCAUGGUUGCCAUCCAGGGAAAUUCCCUAAUCAUCUUGGCUAUUGUCUUCCACCCACCUCUGCACAAACCCAUGUACUUCUUCAUUGCUAACCUGGCUCUACUGGACAUUUUUUGUACCUCCAAUGUACUUCCCAAAAUGAUGCAGAACCUGAUACUGGGGAAGAAAACAAUCUCCUUUAAUGCCUGCAUGGCCCAGCUCUUUACUUUCUUAUUUGCAGGAGCAACAGAGCUUGUUUUCUUCACUGCCAUGGCCUUUGAUCGGUAUGUGGCCAUCUGUCAUCCUUUACACUAUGUAACCAUCAUGACCAAAAAAGUUUGUAUCACAUUAGCAGCUAGUAUCUGGUCAGUUGGAGCCUUCAAUUCUCUAGUGAACACACUGCUCAUGCUGCAUCUAGAUUUCUGUGGGCCCAACAUCAUCCAGCACUUCUUCUGUGAGAUCCCACCUCUGUUGGCAUUGUCCUGCAGCUCAACUUACCUCAAUGAAGUCAUGGCCUUCAUGGCCGAUAUUUUCCUAGCUAUGGUGAAUGUUUUGUUAAUCACCAUGUCCUAUGGCUUCAUCAACAGGAACAUCCUGAAAAUUCAGGGCUCAGAAGGGAAGCAAAAAGCCUUUUUUACAUGUUCCUCGCAUCUUGUUGCAGUUGGCCUCUACUACUCCACUAUCAUCUACACCUACAUACAUCCACCCUCCAGCUACUCCCUGGAGAAGGACAAGAUGGUGGCUGUACUCUAUACACUUGUGACUCCUGUGCUGAAUCCUCUAAUCUACAGCCUGCGCAACAAAGAGGUCAAAGUGGCCUUCAGGAAAAUCCUUCCAUUCUGCAAGAGAAAUUAA